AUGGUGGUGAAGCAGCCUUGGACUGGACAGUCUAGCUCUCGGAGGGCCGAUGCUUCAACCUCAGAGGUACCUCUAGCAACGUCAGACUCAUCACUGCCUGGCUGGUCUUUUGUUGGCAGAACAUCUGCUGAAGAGACACAUCCUUCAAUUGAGUUCGACUUGAACAAGGACAAAGGUGACUCUGGACCGGACAAUGCAUUUGGUUUUGAUGAUCCAGGUGACGUUGGUUCAAUCAACUUAGGAGGUGAUAGUGUUUCUGCAGAACCCUCAGUUGCUGACACCGAUGAGUUGCAGACUUUUGCAGUUGAAAGAACUUUGCCAGCUGAACACGUUCAUGCAGUUACUUCAUCAUCAUCUUUUGAUACUGUCACUGCCUUGGAAGUUGCAUCCAGAUCGAUUCCAAUGCAAGCUGUCGAACCAAUAUGGGAACAAGGGAUCUGGGGUGUCAUCUUUGGAAACAAGACCAUGUUUGAUGUCUACAAACCGUUUGGAGAAACGUUGAAACGACCUGCAGACACUUCGAGACCUACUUCAGAGUUUGACAUUGCGAUGCCGGCUUCAACAAAACCCAAACUGUUUUCAGAUUCAGGUUUAUCCUUUUCAGAUGUGGUCAGGGACAAGCCUGACAUUUCAUGGCAAGAGCAGAGGGACUCCGACCUCCAACGUUCUGUGAAGUUUUGGAUGGCCCUGGUCGACAGGUGGGACACCAAGUGCAGUCUUUGUUGCAGCAUAGCAGAACUUGGCAGUACUAGCAGGAUCUUCACCAUGUUCGCUCAUUUGUUUGCUGGUAGGGCACCCAUUACUGUACGUAAGAGGGCAUACAGCAUCAUGAGAUUGUGCGACUACCUCGAAAGUGUUGGAGAAUUUUUCCCUUGCAAUGAACGGCUUUUCUAUGACUUUUUGUGCAGUGAACAACUGGGCAACGCGCCCCAGUCUCGCUUGAAGGGCUACAUGCAAUCAGUGAAUUUUGUCAGGUUUGUCAUGUCAGUAGAUGAGCUUGCAAGUUUGACAACCAGUGCAAGGUGCAAGGGAGCCUGUUUAGGAGAUCACCUUCAGGAGAGGGUCCAGGCGUCACCAUUAACUGUGGCAGAGCUCAAUCGCUUUCACCAACUGUUGCGUGCAGGGGAUGACUUGUGGAUUAAGAUGUUUUGUGGUGCGGUGCUGAUGGCCGUAUAUUGCCGCUCCAGAUGGGGCGAUUUGAUGCGUGCAGAGACAGUCAUUGAGGAUUGUGACAAGCAUGGAGUUCUUUGCUAUUUGGAAGCUAGGCCCUUGGAAACCCAAGAAUGUGCUGCUUGGAUCCGGAAGAUUGUUGGUGCAAAUGUCGUCAUCGAGGUGAAGGACGAGCCUGAGACCAUCGAGGAAUCCGAGCCGGAGGAUUUGGAUUCGAGCUCAGCAUCAAGUGAAGAGCCCAGACCAACUCAGGUGUCGGAUUUUGCAGAGCCAGACGUGGAGAGCCCAAAGGAGCCACACGUGCUUGGAGCCGCCAUGAGUCUGGUGGAAUCCACAGCGGCAUUUAACCAAAGAUGCGACGAGAUUGUGGAGGCGCUCAAGGACUCAAAGUCUUCAGUGCAAGUGGAGAAUGCGCAACUGAAAGUGGGACCCAGCACCGACACGGUGGAAGCGGAGUGGAACUCGGAAUUGAAAUUCCAAUGGUGCAUGAUGAGACGUGGCCUUGCCAUGGACCAAUGUGGGGACAUUGACGCCCACUCACAUGCCAAAGCUUGCGGUGAGAAGCAACUUUUAGAUGUUGAAGACACGUUGCAAAACAGUUUCAUGUCAAUGGAGGAGACGCCAAAAGGCGACACUCAUGAGAAUUUUGGGGAGAUGCCAGAUGGCGAACACCCACCACAAUUCACUUGCAAGAAAGAUUUCACAGGUUUUUCAUUGGAGGACCUCUACAUCAUCGAGGUUUGUGCGGGGUCAGCCCGACUCUCAAAGAUUGCGCAUGGGCAUGGUUUCAAAACGAUGGCAAUAGACCACUCAACAGCAAGGACAUGUGGCUUUCCAAUUUGCGUUUUUGAUUUAACAGAUCCCUCAGACCUGGAAUCGUUGCUGCAGUUCAUAGAUGAAGCGGCAGGGUGCAUCCUCAUGAUUUGGGUGACGCCUCCAUGCGGCACAAGCAGUAGAGCAAGGGAGAAGAAACUGCCAAAAUUGGAAGCAACUGGUGCAAAGGUUCCUGCACUCAAUGCUACAACGCUCCGCAGCAUGGAUGUGAGACAGGAACCUCAGCUUGAGGCUGAGACUUGGGAAGAGACAGUUGAAGAAGUAAAGAAAGGAUGGAUUUGGUUUGACGAGGCUGAAAACUCGAAUGCCUGCCUUUUCAUUGGACGCCGUUUCGGUAUCCGCCAAUCCAACAAAACCAGAGUGAUCGAUGACUGCUCCCCCAAAGACAUCGACAACUCCAUGCGGUACAGCUUGCUUACUUUGAGGGAUCGAGUACUUUCAGCUCCUCCAGUGCGCGUCAGUGUUGCUUUAACUGAUACAUGGUUGGUGUUUACAGAUGGCGCUUGCAGUCCGGAGCUUCGACAGGGUUCUAUAGGCGGUGUCAUACUGGACCCACUUGGAAGGUAUUCUGGCGCCCUCAUAGUAUACUACAUCGACAACGAGUCAGCUCGAAUGGCAUACAUCAAAGGACAUGGAGAAACAAUCUACGCGUCGUACAUGAUUGGAAGCUUUGUUGAACUUGAAGCUGCUUUGCAGCACAAGACGUGGUUCGGGCGAUGCCCAAGCAUGAGCAAUCCAGCAGACGGGCCCAGCCGACUAGACCUUUCGUGGUGUGAGAGGCAGCAUGCAGAGCAGACCAGUAUAAACUGGGAACUACUCAGGCAUCACCUCAACAUAAAAGGGGAGAGGCCGGAAGGUGAUGACCUUGCCCCGCUUGCUGUCGAGAAAAAUGUGUGA